AGAUCUAGAAAAUGGGAAAAUAAGAAUUUACAAUGUUGGAACCUGAGCCUGGAUUAUCAGAACAUCGUCCAGAAAUACUGAGCUUGGAUGAUGUGGUUCCAUCUAGAGAUCUGAGAACAGAAAAUGAGCAGGAUCAAGGACAGGUUGGACUUGAUCAUGUUCAAGAACGGACUGAGCUGGAGCAGAUUCAGAGACGAAUUGACCUAGAGCAAGAUACUGGAAGUGUUGGAUAUAAUCAUAGUCAAAUACGUAUUAAAGAUGACCAGAUUCAAGGACGGAUUGAAGAUGAGCAGGAUCUAGGACGGAUUGAACUGAUGAAGAUUCAAGGACAGAUUAAACUAGAUCAAGAUUCAGGACGGGUUGAAUUGGAGCAGAUUCAGAGACGGAUUGAGCAUGAACAGGAUCUAGGACAGGUUGAAGAUGAGGUUGAUGGGUUGAACCUACAUCAUGAUGAAGAAUGGGUUAAGGUUGAUGAUUCACCGUUUGAGGUUUUAAAAGAUCUCCAUGGUACAACAGUAAACCAUCAGUACACUGUACAGGAAAGAAAUAUACUUCAAAGCUACAAUUCAGAGGAUUAUUUUCCUCCUGACAGUAGGGUUUACCUGGACUGGCUGGAGGGUCAGCCUGCUUACAGAGAGUGGGAUAGAUGGGUCAUGAUGGGCAUUAUUGGUUUUAUUGUCGGGGUCACAGGAUUUCUUCUUCAUCAAGUUAUUGAUUUAAUAGCAGACACUAAGUGGAGCUAUGCUAAGACCUUGCUGGAGCAUGGAAAUAUUAAUUACGGAGCAGCAUGGAUCUGGGUUACUGGAUACAGUCUUAUAUUUCUUACAGGGAGUACCUGUAUAGUCGUCUUCUUACGUCCUAGUGCAGCCGGGUCCGGACUCCCGGAACUAAUUGGCUUCCUAAACGGAACUAUGAUCAGGCAUAUUUUCAACUUUAAAACUUUCCUUGUCAAAUUCAUUUCCUGUGCUCUUAAAAAUAAUAAUAAUGACAAUAAUAAUUAUAAUAAUAAUUACAUAUAAUAAUAAUAAUAAUAUCUAGGUCCGGAGGGUCCUAUGAUCCAUAUGGGUAGUAUGGUAGGAGCUGGAAUAUCUCAGUUUCAAAGCAAAACCCUGGGAAUAAGUUUUCCAUUCUUCACAAGAUUCAGAAAUACCGAAGACAGGAGAAACUUUAUAACAGCUGGUGCUGCAGCAGGUAUAUCGUCUGCGUUUGGUGCUCCGGUGGGUGGACUUCUCUUCGCAAUGGAGGAGGUGUCAUCCUUCUGGAACAUGAAGAUGUCCUGGCAGAUCUUUUUCUGCAGCAUGGUUAGCGCCUUCACCACGGAUCUCUUCAACUCCGCCUUCUCCGGAUUCAAGUACACCGGAGGGUUCGGACAGUUCACGACCAAGCGUUAUAUCAUCUUCCAGAUAGAGAACGGUAUCGACAUGAACAUUCUUGCCAUCAUUCCCAGCAUAAUUCUUGGGGUUCUGGGAGGUUUACUGGGUUCUCUCUUCAUCUCUUUAAACCUGCAAAUUGCCAAGAUCAGGAGAAGGGUUCAAGCCAAGAUACCCAACCCAAGAUAUUUACAAUUGAUGAAAAUAGCUGAACCCGUCCUGAUCCUUCUCCUAACCUGUCUUCUAUCUGUUUUUGUCCCUGCCAUGUUCCCUUGUACACAGAUGAACUGUCUACUUGAUCAAACAGUCACGGAUAACUCUGGUGAGAGGGUUUGUUUACCGGCACGUGUUGGAAAUAUUGCAAACUUAGGAGUAACCAAACCGAACGUGGAACACUACACGUGUCCCUGGGAACAGAUUAAUCUAGGAAACGGAACCCAACUCAUCAAUGGUUCCUACAAUGAGGCAGCAACCCUGUUUUUUGUGACUGGAGAGAAAGCAAUCCAGCAUUUAUUCUCCCGGAAUACCCACCUAGAGUUCGGAUAUUCAGCUCUAAUCGUCUUCCUUAUCAUCUACUUCUUCCUCGCCUGCUGGGCCUCGGGCACACAAAUAUCAUGCGGAAUAGUGGUUCCUAUGCUUCUUAUAGGUGGUCUGUACGGAAGACUGCUCGGACGAGUUACUGUGGACAUAUUUGGAGUAAGAACCGAUACCUGGGACUGGAUGGAUCCUGGUGCAUUCGCUCUUCUUGGAGCAGUCUCAUUCUUUGCUGGGGUAUCCAGGCUUACCAUAUCGCUGGCAGUUAUAAUGGUUGAGAUCACGAAUGAUAUUCAGUUUCUUCUUCUCAUCAUCACAACGAUCAUGUUCGCCAAGUGGGUUGGAGAUUUCUUCACCCACUCCAUCUAUCAUUCUCAGCUGGAACUCAGAUGUAUUCCAUUCCUGGAUCAUACUCCGGUAUACAAGGAGGACGGAAAACCUGUACACCUGGAGAACUUCUCCGCUAAGCACGUGAUGAAGCAUCCCGUCCACUGUCUCCGGGAGGUUGAAAACCUCGGUAAGAUUGUAAAAAUCCUCCGAGAGACGGAACACGGUGGGUUUCCGAUAGUAUCAGAGCAAGGACGUUUUCUAGGCUUAAUUACAAGGUUUCAACUGAUGACUCUCCUCUGUAAAGGUCUCACCAGGGAACCAGUUCUGAACAAGGAUGGAUUAGAUUUGAAGGUUAAAUUUUCCGAGUUUAACCAGAUGCGUGGACACAAGCUAAGUGAUCCAAAGCUGAGCUCCGAGCUGUUAAACCAGACAGAACUAGUUUGGGAGAGAACCAGUUCUAGUCUAGACCUCAGACGGUUUAUAAACAAGAGUGCUCUUGUACUCCCGGAGAGAUUUAGCUUCCAGAGAACUUAUCUCAUAUUUAGAACUCUAGGACUGCGUCACCUGACUCUAGUAGACGAUGAGAACAGGGUGGUCGGUAUACUCACUAGGAAGGAUCUAAUGGGAUUUAAUAUUGACGAAAAGCUUGGAUCUGCACAGAAAUUAAAUGUCGUAUCUGAACAAAAAUAAAAAGAAGAAAAUAUAGCUGUAAAGUUGAAUGCAAUUGUGAAAUGUUUAGUUAAAUAGAUCUGAAGACGGAUAUCAAUUAAUCAAUCAAACAAGCUGUGAUAAAAUUAUGUUUCUAAUUAAAGGUGAAAUGGGAAUAAAAAGAUAGGGUUGUUCAUCGGUUUGGUUCCUUUCUUAAAAACUUUCAUCAUUUUAAACUAAAUUCUGUUAAAAGUUUGCUUUUAUUAAACAUUGCAAUAUUUUUAUUCAAAGAGAAAAUAUGAUGAAGAACGAGCCAAUAAUAACUAUCGUUUUUGUAAAUAUCUUUUCUCGGGGUCAAAAUUUGACAAAGUGUAUGAAAAACAAAUCUUUAGAUUAAACAAUUUUGAAAUUUGUAAAACUUUUUUGAUGAACCCUCAGGAACGAACCAACCUGAUUAACAACCCUAUACAUAAGAUUGUAUGUGAUUUGUAUUUUGUAUAUUUUUGAUUUCAAGUAUAAAUGAUGUUUAAUACAAUACUUAUGUUA